CAGAAAUAAGAUCGCCAUGGCCACAGAAAUUGGCUCCCCGCCCCGAUUUUUCCAUAUGCCGAGGUUCCAGCACCAGGCGCCUCGGCAGUUGUUCUACAAAAGACCUGAUUUUGCACAGCAGCAAGCAAUGCAACAGCUUACUUUUGAUGGAAAACGGAUGAGAAAAGCUGUGAACAGAAAGACCAUAGACUACAAUCCCUCUGUAAUUAAAUAUUUGGAGAAUAGAGUAUGGCAGAGAGACCAGCGAGAUAUGCGAGCAAUCCAGCCCGAUGCAGGAUAUUAUAAUGACUUGGUCCCUCCUAUAGGAAUGCUGAACAACCCUAUGAAUGCUGUAACAACAAAAUUUGUUCGGACAUCUACUAAUAAAGUAAAGUGCCCAGUGUUUGUUGUCAGGUGGACUCCUGAGGGGAGACGCUUGGUCACUGGUGCAUCUAGUGGAGAAUUCACUUUAUGGAAUGGACUGACUUUCAAUUUUGAAACAAUAUUGCAGGCUCACGACAGCCCUGUAAGGGCUAUGACUUGGUCACACAAUGAUAUGUGGAUGCUGACAGCAGACCACGGGGGAUAUGUGAAAUACUGGCAGUCCAACAUGAACAACGUCAAGAUGUUCCAGGCACAUAAGGAGGCGAUUAGAGAGGCCAGUUUCUCACCCACGGAUAAUAAAUUUGCUACAUGCUCUGACGACGGCACUGUUAGAAUCUGGGACUUUCUACGUUGCCAUGAGGAGAGAAUUCUUCGAGGACAUGGAGCAGAUGUGAAAUGUGUUGACUGGCAUCCAACAAAGGGGUUAGUUGUAUCAGGAAGUAAAGAUAGCCAACAGCCCAUCAAGUUCUGGGAUCCAAAGACAGGCCAAAGCCUUGCCACACUACAUGCUCAUAAAAACACAGUGAUGGAAGUGAAAUUGAAUCUGAAUGGCAACUGGCUGCUAACAGCUUCUCGUGACCAUCUCUGUAAGCUCUUUGACAUUCGUAAUCUGAAAGAAGAACUUCAGGUCUUCAGGGGUCAUAAGAAGGAGGCCACAGCUGUGGCCUGGCAUCCUGUUCAUGAAGGGCUGUUUGCCAGUGGAGGAUCUGAUGGCUCUUUGUUGUUCUGGCAUGUUGGGGUUGAGAAGGAGGUUGGUGGAAUGGAAAUGGCUCAUGAGGGAAUGAUCUGGAGUUUGGCAUGGCAUCCUCUUGGACACAUUCUCUGUUCAGGCUCAAAUGAUCACACCAGUAAGUUUUGGACUAGAAAUCGGCCUGGAGAUAAAAUGCGAGAUCGUUACAACCUGAAUCUGCUGCCUGGGAUGUCAGAGGAUGGUGUGGAAUACGCUCCAGGAGAUGAUUUGGAACCCAACAGCCUAGCAGUUAUUCCUGGGAUGGGAAUACCUGAACAACUGAAAAUAGCCAUGGAGCAAGAGCAGAUGGGGAAAGAUGAGUCCAAUGACAUUGAAAUGACAAUCCCAGGCCUGGAUUGGGGAAUGGAGGAAGUAAUGCAAAAGGACCAAAAGAAGGUGCCACAGAAAAAAGUACCCUAUGCAAAACCAAUACCAGCACAGUUUCAGCAGGCAUGGAUGCAGAAUAAAGUUCCUUUGCCUCCCCCACCUGAGCCACUGAAUGAUAGAAAGGAAGAUAUUAAGCUGGAGGAGAAAAAGAAGACACAGGCAGAGAUUGAACAGGAAAUGGCAGCACUUCAGUACACAAACCCACAACUCUUGGAGCAAUUGAAAAUUGAGAGACUGGCACAAAAGCAAGCUGAACAAGUGCAGCCACCACCUCCAGGAGGUUCUCUUCACGGACCCCAGCCUUUUCCAGGGCAAGGCCCAAUGUCACAGAUGCCUCAAGGAUUUCAGCAGCCCCUUCCACCUCAGCAGAUGCCAAUGAAUAUGCCUCAGAUGGGACCUCCUGGUCCACAAGGACAGUUCAGGCCUCCGGGACCCCAAGGACAAAUGGGACCUCAAGGUCCUCCAUUACACCAAGGAGCUGCAGGUCCACAAGGGUUCAUGGGACCACAAGGACCUCCAGGCCCCCAAGGGCCUCCACAAGGAAUGCCACGGCCUCAGGAUUUACAUGGACAUCAAGGAAUGCAGCGACAUCCUGGCCCUCACGGGCCAAUGGGGCCUCCAGGUCCACAGGGUAAUGCUGGCCCACAAGGCCACUUAGGACCACAGGGUCUCCCUGGCUCGCAGACUCAUUUAGGACCGCAGGGUCCGCCUGGCCCACAAGGUCACUUGGGGCCUCAAGGUCCUCCUGGUGGCCAAGGAAUGCAGGGGCCGCCUGGUCCCCGAGGAAUGCAAGGACCUCUUCCUCAUGGCAUGCAAGGAGCUCCAGGAUCCCAAGGGAUGCAGGGCCCUAUAUCACAAGGGCCUUUGAUGGGACUUAAUCCAAGAGGGAUGCAGGGUCCACCAGGACCCAGAGAUAACCAGGGACCUACUCCACAAGGGAUGAUGAUGGGUCAUCCGCAAGAAAUGAGAGGUCCUCAUAUGCAAAGUGGUUUACUAGGACAUGGUCCCCAGGAGAUGAGGGGCCUCCAGGGACCCCCGCCUCAAGGUACAAUGUUAGGACCGCCACAAGAACUGCGUGGGCCACCAGGUCCACAGGGCCAGCAGGGACCUCCACAAGGCUCUUUAGUAGGGCCUCAAGGAAACAUGCAAGGACCUCAGGGACAACCGAACCCUUCAAGGGGGCCGCACCCUUCCCAGGGCCCUCUGCCCUUCCAGCAGCAGAAAACACCUCUGUUGGGUGAUGGGCCUCGUCCCCCAUUUAAUCAGGAUGGACAGAACCCAGGUCCUCCACCACUUAUACCAGGACUGGGGCAGCAGGGAGGACAAGGUCGUCUUGGCCCUCACAACCAAGGACCCGGUCUUAAUAAAGGUGACUCCCGUGGUCCACCAAACCAUCACAUGGGCCCUCUCUCAGAUAGAAGGCACGACCAGAACAGUGGUGGUCCUGAUCAUGGGCCUGAGAGAGGGUUGUUUCGAGGUGGCCAGGAGUGGGGUGAUGGUAGAGACAGCAGGGGCAUGCCAGAUAGACGAGGACCUCACCCAGAUUUCCAUGAUGACUUUGAUCGACCAGAUGACUUCCGUGACGACUUCCAUCCAGAUAAGAGAUUUGGCCAUCGAUUACGGGAAUUUGAGGGGAGAGGAGGCCCACCACUGCAAGAUGAAAAAUGGAGACGAGGUGGACCUGGGCCUCCAUUUCCUCCUGAUCACAGGGAAUUUGAAGGAGGGGGUUCAAACCGUGGGCCUCCUGGUGCUUGGGAAGGACGGAGACCUUCAGAUGACAGAUAUCCACGGGAUCCUGAGGAAGCACGGUUCCGAGGAAGACGAGAUGAGAGAUUUAUAAACUGGAAACCAAUAAGGAAAUGAAAACUCUAAUAUACCUGAGUAUAGAGUUCAUAAAAAUCAUUCAGUAAUAGAAGAAAACUUGAAAAAUGGUCAUUGUACACAGCAGCUUCCGUGUCUUUAAACAGUAAGUAAAGGGAGGAAAUUUGUAGAGAAGAUCCAGUGACACAGGAUGAAGAUUUGAGACCGUUUUGAUGAAAAUUGAGAGGAAACUUGAAGGUUAAAGUGACAAACUUUUGAACACUAGAAGUGGAUUUUGAGACUUUUGUCUCCAGUCACAAACUACAGCAUGACUGUAGAGACUAUAGAAUGAGAUGUAAUAUACUUGUAAGGAGCAGGAACAGUGACCCUACUAUCAAAUAUAAGGGGCAGAGCUACGGCAUCUGUUGGACUAUUGAGACUAUUUUCUCAUGGUUUUGCUGGUAGAAAUUUUAUUUCUCUUUCUGACUUAUUUCUUAAUGCCAAGUGAAGAAGUCAAAAAUAAUCUAAUUUACAGCAAUGUCCAUGUCAUUGCUCACAAUUUCCAAAUAAAUCACAAAGGGAUGAAUUUGCUUCUAGUUACCAAUGUAAAUGUGGAGGAAUUACACUAAGUCAGCAAGAUUGACUGUCACUGAAAUUGCUCCAGGUUUAUGCUAGUUUUAACUGAGUUAAAUUUGGCCUCCAAUGUCUAAGCCUCUCACUGACCACCAACUCUAUAUGUAUAAGAACGUGUACUUGUACAAAUAUAUUGUGGUCUCCACAUAAUGUGAAUUUUGUGUGUUUUAGUUGCCUUUUUAAUCAUUUUCUUACAUUCCUUUUACUUUGCAUCUAUACAGCUCUUCUUUUAGCUAUUUUCUACCUAGCUCUGUAAAGAUGUACCUUCCUUUUGUGUGAAGAGUAUGAAAAGAAAUGAACAGUAACUAAAAGAAGGUAACAAUUAAAGCCAUUUUAAAAAAGUAAACACAGAGAGAAUCCAAGCUGAAUCGUCUGCAUUAUAGAAUGCUAAAAGACACAGCAGACACUUUUAGAAACUCAGUAGAGAUUUUCAGAUCUUAUAUUGGAAAUGCUUAGGGACUGGAAAAUAUUUAUUAUGGUUUGGAUUUUUAAAAAGGUUUCAGAAAGAGUCCAAGAACGCUGUGACCUGUAAAUCUGACUUCUGAACUAAGAAGAGUCUAUUUGUCAGAGUACAAGUGUUUGUACAGAGUUUGGUUUACAAGGAAUCAGCACAGGGCUAUAAAAGGCUUGUUGUGCUCGAUGAAUUCCUUUGAAUGAAGGUGAAGUAGGUGCCAUUUACUGCAGAUGCCGAGAUGAACUUAAGAAUCCCAACCACUUGUUUACCUGACUUGGUUUGGAACUUAGAUUGUAACUGGUUUGAUCGAGCAUGAGAGGGAAGUGUGUGUAUGUGUGUUUCUCUCUAAUUUCCCGUCCUUUUCAUCCCUGUCCUGUUCUUACUCUACCUGUGCAUAUCAACAUGAUGCUUCUACUGCAGAGACCUGCCUCUUCCUGCCUGCUAAUCUGCACAGUGUGUAGUUCUGUACAUUAAGGUCCUAGGCCUCAAGGAAGAAGAUCUGAGAGCAGUCAAACAGGAACUAAGCCCUAUGCAAGGCAGGGUUUUACAUGUGACUGAUAUGAAAAAGUGAAAAAGGAUAUACAUAAUACAAUAUUAAGAGCUGUGGCCAUGACAGGCAUAGGUAUGAUAGAUUUCAAAACUAAACUGUGUCCAUAAUGUUGCCUGGAAACAAAAGGAAAGGCCCUAUUCCUGCUAGUCAUAGGACCUUGUGUUGCAAAUCUUGGUAAUUUACAAGCUAAGCAGAAUCACACCAUGUCAGUAUUAAAAUGGGAGGCCCUCUAAAGAACAUCUAGAGGGCUGUGCUGUUUCAAGGCUAAACAAUAUUGCUUUGUGGUUAUUUGAACCAUUUGUACCUGAAACUGUUCCGUUUGUUUUCCCAAAUCAUCCAGGUUAAUGUAAAAUGGUUCACUGUCCAUGCACAGCACUCCCUCCAUCCACUGUUGUACCUGUACAGGCACAGCAGCCUCCUCUCUGUAUUGUGUUUGUUUUCUGGGAGGUGGAGACAGACCUAUUGUUUUUAAUGAAAGAAAAAUGUAAAAGUUUAAAAAUAUUGUAUUGUGUUAUGACUACUGUUAAAAUAUUUAAAUUUGUAAUUAAAAGGUUAAUGUUGUUAAAAUUCUAAAUAAAAGUAUCUAAAGUUUUGCUUGUAAUAGGAUGCACUGUGUCGUUAAUGAGCUGGGGAAGGGGAUGUUGCACAAAGCCAACACCAUCUGACGGUGGUUAUGGUUUGGCCAGUGUGGAACUGGGAAGCAAGGGGAGGUGGGGGGCAUCAGUGUGAACGGGCAGAGUGCUCCACACUGUCUGUGCUGUCACUGAGGGGUGGGCAGGAGAGCGUGGGGUCCCACUGUGAGGGUUGCUGAGCCAGUGUGCUUGCACCACUUAAACACCUCACCUGUGCUUGCACAGAAACUGGGCUGUAAACUGAGACAAUCCUAACAGGCGGUGCUAGUGUGCACUUUUGGAGUUGCAGUUAGUACACAGAACACGUAUGCACUUUUAUGAGCACUCCAAGUGUUUAAACUGGUAAUGUAAACAACAAAACUAGUAGUAUUCACGCAGCCAUCUAUAGGCUUACCU